UGUCACGAAUCAUUCAAAUUUAACUGCCGAUGGGAACUUACGGGGACAAGUAUUGCCGAGAAGAAGCAGUCUGAUCAAAGAUGCGGCGAGUCGGAAGCAUCAGCGAAAGAAAACUGUGUCGUUUAGCAGCAUGCCCACAGAGAGAAAGAUAACGACGGCUCAAGAUUGUCUCACAUAUAUGCAAAAUGGUAGUGACUUGGUGAAGGUGAGGUCAAACAGUCGGCAGUACCACAGGCUGUUUACACUAAACAAUGACCUCACAGAAAUCAGAUGGCAUCCCACCUCCAAGAAACCACACAAGGCCAGAAUUUCAAUCAGCUCUAUAAAGGAAGUGCGAAUAGGAAAGACAACAGAGGCCCUGAAGAACAAGGAGAUUGCGGGCGUGUAUCCAGACGAGUGUGCUUUCUCUAUCAUAUUCGGAGACACAUAUGAUUCCAUGGAUCUGAUUGCCACAACACCUGACGAGGCCAACAUCUGGGUAUCAGGACUCACCUGUCUGCUCAAUGCCAGUAAUAAGCUCAAAAAAUCUCCGGAUGGCACGGAUGAACUUCACCAGAUGCGGGACUCUUGGCUUCAGGAGAUGUUUGAAUCAGCAGACAUUGAUAACUGUGGGGUGCUGGACGAGUUUGAGGUUAUUGGGCUGAUGAAAAAACUUAACAGCAAUGUAACUCCAACCAGAAUACAGCAAAAACUAAAGGAGCUUCAGUUGAAGAGAAGUGAUGAAUCAAGAGGAAGACUGAACAGUGAUGAAUUCAUCUCCUUAUUCAAGGAAAUCUCAACUAGACCAGAGAUCUAUUUUUUACUUGUCAGGUAUGCGAGCAAUGCAGAUUACAUGACAACAGACGAUUUAUUACUUUUUUUAGAAGCAGAGCAAGGCAUGGCACGGGUUACAAAAGACAAAUGUUUAGAAAUCAUGGACAAAUUUGAACCAUCAAAAGAUGGGAGAAGGCAAGGUCAUUUGGGUAUUGAUGGCUUCACAGCUUACCUCCUGUCAGAAGAGUGUGAUGUUUUUGAAACUGAACAUAAAGUGGUGUGUCAAGACAUGUCACACCCUUUAGCCCAUUACUUCAUUUCCAGCUCACAUAACACAUAUUUAUUGGAAGACCAGUUGAAAGGACCCUCAAGUGUAGAAGGUUAUAUUCAAGCAUUAGAGAAAGGUUGUCGAUGUGUUGAAUUGGAUUGCUGGGAUGGCCCCAAUGAUGAUCCUGUCAUAUACCAUGGACAUACGCUCACCUCUAAAAUCAGCUUCAAGUCCGUCAUUGAGGCGAUAAACGACAAAGCUUUUGAAACAUCAGAAUACCCUGUGAUACUGUCCCUGGAGAACCAUUGUAGUGUGAAGCAACAGAAGGCUAUGGCACAUUACAUGACCUCCAUCUUUGGGGAGAAGCUGUACAGAGACAAGGUUGAUGAAAAUGCACAAACGAUGCCCUCCCCUGAACAGCUCAAAGGCAAACUUUUAGUCAAGGGUAAGAAACUGCCCUUAGACAGCAAUCUGGAGGAAGGAUACGUGACAGAAGAGGAUGAGGGGGCUGAGACAGAGAGGAAGAAGAAUAACAAACGGGAUACUUCUGGUCGCAAACACAAACUCGUCAGAGAGUUGUCGGAUCUGGUGAAUAUUUUUGUCUCAAAGCGGUUUGAAGAUUUCCAAAUUUCCCAGCAUCAGCAAAAGGUUUGGGAGGUAUGUUCGUUUAGUGAAUCUCAAGCUCUGAAGCAAGCCAUUGCGUGUCCAGAGGAAUUUGUCAACCACAAUAAGUACUUUAUGUCUCGGGUUUAUCCUAAUGGGAUGAGGGUGGACUCCAGUAACUAUAACCCCCAGGAUCUCUGGAACUGUGGCUGUCAGAUGGUGUCCCUCAACUUCCAGACUCCUGGACUCAUGAUGGACCUCUAUGAUGGCUUGUUCCAGAAGAACGGUGGUUGUGGCUACGUCCUUAAACCAGCCAUCAUGCGCGAAGAGAUCGCUUACUUCAGUGCCAGCACGCGAGAUGUCAUUCCCGGGGUGUCGCCACAGAUUCUUCAUGUCAAGGUGAUAAGCGGUCAACACUUCCCUAAACCUAGAGGCAGUGGCUCUAAGGGAGAUGUGACAGACCCUUACAUUACCAUUGAGAUAUUUGGCAUUCCUGCAGAUUGUGCCGUGGAGAAAACCAAAACUGUUCCCCAUAAUGGCUACAAUCCUAUCUUUGACGAGAGUUUUGAGUUCCAGAUAAACCUUCCCGAGCUGGCCCUGGUCAGGUUUUCAGUGCUGGAUGAUGACUAUAUUGGGGAUGAGUUCAUCGGCCAGUACACCGUGCCCUUUGAGUGUAUGCAAACUGGAUACAGACAUUUACGGCUGCUGUCCAACACUGGAGAUGCCAUUGAAAAGUGCACCCUAUUUGUUCAUAUAGCCAUAACAAACAAACGAGGGGGUGGGAAAGGAAAUCGGCGUGGCAUAGUGCACAGAAGAGCCAAAAGGUAUCGUGACUAUGCUAGUAUGAAGUCCAUUGGUGUUCGCUGCAUUGAUGAAACAUUCAAGGCAGCCAGCCAACCCCUGAGAGAUAGCACAGAUCUAAGGGAUAAUGUCCAUGUAGGCCUGGCUAACUUCAAGGAAACCUGCGGUCUGGCACCCAUUGCUAAUGUCAAACAGUGUAUCCGUCUCCUGGCAACCAGAAUAGCUAAUCUUGGAGAGCCCACGUCUCUGGUGAUGACCAUGAAAGGGGAGUUUCCAUAUUUGGAAGCCCAGGGUAACUUACCAGAGAUCCUCAAGAAAGCAUUGAUAUCCCUGGAAGAGCUGGUUGAAGAUUCCAAAAACCUCAUUCAGAAUGCAGAUAAAAUUUAUGAUAAGUUGAUCCAAGGCCAAAAAGCAGGACUGGAAUGGCAUGAGGAUCUGGAACUCCAUUGUCAGCAAAAUGGAUUGAAGGGCAAGAAAUUGUCCAAGGCAGUGGAGAACUUUGCAUGGAAUGUACGGGUGCUGAAGGGUCAGGCUGAUCUACUGAUGCAGGCUAAGAAUGACGGGGAGGAGUACCUGAGACAGAUUCAAGAGGCAGCCAUGUCAACAGGUCUUGUGAAGGAGGAAAACCUGGUGAUUGUGUCAUGAUGGAAUUAUCUCCCUGCCCAAAGAAACUCAAUGUAGAUACAUACCUGAUCAUUUAUGCAUUGAAAUAUUUUGUCAAGUUAAUCCUGACGUAGGUUGUAAGGGGAGAUAACACAUUCAUGCUUUGCCUGAAUGGACUAAGGGGGACAACAUCUUGAUGACUUACUUUUUGUCCGUUGAUUAAGUAGUUUUGGCCAAAUGCAAUAGUUGAUUUUGAGUCAUUAUUCCAAUUGUUGCACAGAUGUUAUUGUCAGCUUUUAUCCUUUGCUUGAUUUCAUAUAUUAUUAUGACAAAAUUAUCCUUCUUGUCAGUGUCAAGACAUUAUAUGUACAUAAAGCAUGUAAAAGUAAUGAACUGAAGGUAUUAUUUAUUGAGUAACAAGUGAUUCAUGUUCUACACAAACUUGAGAAAACUUUUUACUUUUAAUUUUGUUGAUUUAUUUAUGUAUAUUUAUGUACUCUAGAACUUGAUAUGGACGUGUGCUUAUAUUGUAUUUCUGUUCAAAUAAAUGGCCAUGUACAUGUUCUGUGUAAGUUAUUCUAAUGUAGAUAUCUAUGUUUUUUUUACCUGUAGAGACAGGGUUUGUAACGAAUAUGUAUUUUAUACAGGUAUAUGUAGUUUUAUCACAUCUGUGUUAAAUUGUUUUACAAUGUACGUAUGACAACCUUAAAAAUCAGCCAAAAUGCAUCAGCUAUUUGUAUCUGUAUUUUCUGGUUAUCAUCAGUUGUCUAGCUGUACCUUACUUUUUAUCACCAAAACCAAACAACUACCUUCAAACCCCCAAUCUGCAAUGUUCCCCACCCCAAUAAAUUUAAGUUAGAACAAUCAAGUUGAAACAAGGCUAAUAACUUUGUGAGAGCCAUCCAGGUCAAGUGUGCAUUAUACACAUUGUGCAGAAUUUGUCAGCAUUUUGCCAGUGUAUUGAAGAGAAAUAUAAUUUCUACCAGAAUUUAUACACUAUUUGUGCAUAAUUUAUCAGCAUUACCAGUAUAGCGAAGAGAAAUAUGAAUUCUUCUCAGAAUUUCACAGAACUUAGUCAUAAUCCGCAGAACUAUUUUAUACAUGAUUUUAUGAGAUUAUUUUGCCAUAUGAAACCUCUUGUGUUCAGCAUUUUCGAUUAUGGCUAGUGUUACAAAAUGAACAUAAGAGGAGCUAAGUAAAUGUGCAUGUAUGUAUUUGGAUUAUGUUUUAAAUCAGGUAUGCUAGAAUAAUGCAAUUACAUAGAAAAAUUGUAACGGAAAAUUAUGUUUGUACUUUCUUUUAAACCCUCGUAGAUCCUUGUAAAGAUUGAGCACAAGACAAAAAGCGAAUGUAAUUGUCUCCACAUUAUAACCUUUGUUAGAUAUUUUUUGCACAAAAAUUGUGAAAGUUUUUGUGUCAUGGAAAGAUUUUUUUAUUUAUUUUUUUUUAUGUGUCCUAUUUAUGUGAAAUUUAAUAUUACCUAUAAUGGACUAGGUUGUGAGCUCUUCUGGAGAAAGUUUUCUUUGCGUGAAUACGAGUGUCUUCAGUUAUAUUUUGAGUCUGUAUUCCCCUGUUUAAUAUGGACAUAGAAAUUGUAUGAAGUCUGUUGGCUGUAAAUUCUGUGAUCAAGGCCAAUUGUAUCUUUUUAGUGAUAUAAUAAGGAUCUUUAUAUUAUAUUUUCUCUAGUUCUUUUCUCUUUGAUUUAUUCUUUCAUUUUCAGUGAAAGUUUAACAUGCUAUGAUAAAUGCAAUGCAGUCAAGCAUAAUUUGGUUUAUUUAUUUACUUGAUUGGUGUUUUACGCCAUACUCAAGAAUAUUUCACUUAUGCGACGGCAGGCAGCAUUAUGGUGGGAGGAAACCGAGCAGAGCCUGGGGGAAACCCAUGACCAUCCGCAGGUUGCUGGCAGACUACAGCCGGAGAGGAAGCCAGCAUGAGCUGGACUUGAACGGCGAGCAAGCAUAACAAGCAUAAUU